GGAGCGCUCUACCAUCAGGCUUCAUUACUUUCCAGUCGGCUGUCUGCACCUGUAGUGUCUAAAAAUGGACCCAUCCAAGGAGGAAUCUGCCUCUGAGAAGGAAAGGAAGCCAGCAGGGGAGGAGAGUGAAGAGCCGUCCAGCAAACUCCUCAGGACCUCUACUAGAAUGUGGACCUGGUCUAGAGAGAAGUGUCGUCUUCUGGAGACUGAGAUCUCUAGGCCGGAGGAGGAGCUGGAGGUGCUGAAGCGGCUGGCAAAGUUCAACGUGGAUGAGCAGUCUGCCACACUCCCCAGAACCUCCUCCUAUAGAAGGUUGACCCUGUCUGAGGAGGAGUGUCGUGAUCUGGAGGCUGAGAUCUCUAGGAUGAAGGUGAAGCUGGAGGUGCUGAAGAGAAUGUUGGAUGUUCCAGCUCUGCUGCUGACAACUCUGGAGGAGAUGAACCCACAUGAGCUGAAGACAUUUCAGUGUUCCCUGACUAGUGGCCUGCUGCCUGACUGUCCUCCCAUCCCAGAGAGUCAGCUGGAGAACGCUGACAGACAGGUCACAGUGGAUCAGAUGGUGAAGAGAUACGGCCCUGAGAGAGCUGUGGAGAUCACACUGAGGAUCCUGAGGGGGAUGAAGCGGGUAGACCUAGCAGAGAAGUUAGAGACAGAUCACAGAGGAGGUACUGCCUCAACCUCUCACCUGCCCUUAUUCCCACCGAGGCCCCGAUCCGUCCUCUCCCCUGUGGGGUUCCUCCCCCUUUCCCGCCUUCUCUCCAGCUCCUCCUCCUCCUUUGGCUCGUCUAUGAACUCCUUGUUGUUAACUUCUCCUGGUAGCUCAGGACAGCUCAGGUCACAGGUAAGAGGACGGUUAGAGAAAUGUAGGAUCACUUCUACCCUCAUAUGUUAAAACACCUGUACUCACUGUCAUAGUCAG